CACGCACACUCACACAGAGACACAGGUGCGGUGCAAAGCGUUUAGUUUCAUAACAAUACUCGACCAAGCUCCCGGGAAUAGUGCAUUCAAACUAAGAUGACUGGAAACAAGGUCUGUUGAGACCCUUCGGAAUAUACUACCAAUAACAAAUGUAACAAGCUUUUUGUGAACUCCUACUUAGCUGAAGAAACAUUUGUCGCUGAAAUGACCAGCUCAGAGCCUUGGCGCGCAGCGAACCAUACGCGAAAACCACUCGGCAAGCUCGCCAGCAGACUGGAGGAGGUGAAGAACCCUUGGAGACAUGGAUCGGCACUCGAACUGAGCCACAAUGAAACCGCACGGCUCGCCACGGACGCGCUCUUGGAACAGGGGGAAAAUGAAUAUAGAAAAGUCCUAAAUGAAGAAAGAGAAGUGAACUUUCUCUCCUCGCUGGAAAUACGCUAUAUCACCGAAAAUGUGGCCAAGACCUGCAGCACGGACAGCGGCACUAAUGGAGUGGACAUGGAGGAUGGAGACACGGUGUCCGAACUCACUUCGGGGACUUACUUUCCCAUGAUGUCCGAAGAGGAGCCUCCGAUUUUGGAGUUGGGCUGGCCCGAUGUCUCCAACCGAACUGGCCCCACAGAGACGCAGAUAUACUUUCAGAGGGACAAGUCCCAAAAUGUCAAAGAUCUCAUUCGAUCUCUCAUCAGUAAAGCAAAGAAGGUUAUCGCUAUAGUCAUGGAUAUAUUUACUGAUGUGGACUUGUUUUGUGACUUAAUGGAGGCCUGCAACAAGCGCCGGGUUCCAGUUUAUAUUCUACUGGACGAGAAGAAUCUCUGCCAUUUUUUGAGUAUGUGCACAGAACUCGACAUCCAGAAUUCACACCUGAAUAAUAUGCGGAUAAGAAGUGUAAGUGGUGACACAUAUUGCACCAAAAGUGGGAAGAAAUUCACGGGUCAAAUUCAGGAGAAAUUCAUGAUCAUUGACUGUGAGGAAGUCAUAGCUGGAUCGUAUAGUUUUACAUGGCUCUCUGCUCAGGUCCAUAGCAACAUGCUAAUGCAAUUCUCCGGACACAUUACUGACUGCUUCGAUCGGGAAUUCCGCUGCAUGUAUGCCAACUCUCAAAUAAUAGACCGUUUCCACAAUCCAGAUGAAGAAGGUCUACCUUGUUACCCUUACAACAUGAUGGCACCAAACUUGGGGCUGGACUUUCUCCCAGACUAUAGCAGCAAAGAGCUAGUGUAUUCCGAGAAUUCCAGUAGCCAAUCAAGUGGUAGCGUUUCCAGCAUCAAAGCUGCUCCUCCAGGUAUCAAAUCUGUUUACAAAGUCACACGUGACAAAAAGACCCUAGAAAACUCACAAAAGAGUACUGACCGGAAAGGGGUCAUAAGUCCAGGGCACAAAUUGCCUCAAGGAAAACCGAUUGGAAAAGGUUCUCCCAUUGGUAGUCAGACUGUGGAACACCACUCUUUAGGAUUAGAUCAGUCUUCUGGUGUGGAAUGGUCCAAGAUGGGAGCAGCAGAGUACAUCCGGUCAAACAUUGCUGGACAAACAUCUAAAUUUCAGGCAAUGGGUCUCUACAACUCUCCAAAACCUCCAUCUCAACAGUCUCCACCUGAAAGCAAAAUCUCCCCAAAACAUCGCAGUCCCGUCACCAACCCCUUCUUCAGUAAGUUCACUGAAAUCUUCACCCCUUCCACAAAGGACAAGGAUCCCCAUGCCUUCCAGAAGUUGCCCACACAUACCUCUCCGUAUGGUGGUCCGGAUCUUUCUCAGAACGAGCCAGAGAGUAUGCAGGGACCUCCUCCACCGAGUCCCAUGCCAAAAGACAGACUGGGUCAGGAUAAAGGGAUUCAUCGGCGUGACGAGAAACGCAUGACUUUAGGUCAUAGCAAAUUGGACCUUGUGAACCAAUACAACAAGAUGAAAUCCAAACAGGUAUAUAGUCGUUUUGAGCUAAAGAACAACAUACCUCAUUAACGUUGUGGCACUGUAUGUACAGGCCAUGAUUGGUCAACCUUUCUCAAACUCUUUGUAUAUAGCUGUUCAUGGGACAGAGCAAAGGGACAGUUCUUGCACUGUUGCAAGUUUCUUCCUACUUAUGUGUGUGGAAAAGAGACCUCAAGAAGUUGGUGUCCAAAUGUGGUGUUCUUGUGCAUUUUGUAAUUUUAAUGGAAAUGUAAUUAUUUUACCUGUUCUGAGUCUGCCUUUAAGGCAUGUAUGUGCACACAUCUCGUAUGUGGGUCAAUGAUGUAACAUUAGCUUUUUUUGUCCAGACUAUUAAGAUCCAUAGGUCUGUCCAGAUCCUAUCUCUGUGUGUUGAGAGUGUAAGUUGUUCUGUGUAAUGUGUAUCCAAAGACGAGAUCCACGUGACCCAUUUGUCAUUGAAUAUUGUUUCUUUUAAUCUGAAAAUGUAUUUUAAGCUGUUCUCUUAAGUAAAAAAAAGACAUUUAAUUCUAAUUAAAUGCAUAGGACAGAUGAGAUAAAGCUGUUUGUGUCAUCUCUCCUUAACCUGCGCUAAUUUACAGAUGCUUUUAAAGAAAUGCUGUCUUAAAGAGAGAGUACCGGUUUUUAACACGUGUUCAACAAUUCAGUGUAAAUACCUGUAGACAAAAAAUUAUGUUAUUAAACAAAAAUGUAACAAAAAUAAUAUAUGGGGUAUAUUAUCAUAUUUAUUGAUUGAAUACAUGGAUUUGUUUAUUUUUGGAAUCUAAAAUUUGACAAAUUAUGAAAAACUAAUAAAAUAUAAUUAGUAAAAUUUAUAUUUUUAUAAUGUACCUUGUUAUAAGGUCCCCUGUAUAAUUAACAGCAUUAGCUAGGAGAUCAUUUCUUUCAAAUGUAAACAAAAGGGACAUUAUACUCCUGUAAAUCUAAUCAAAAUCAAACUGAGCGCUUGUGAAUCAGAAACAAAUCGGGAAAUCUGUAUCUAUACCCAGUCCUAGUUCAAAUAAAUGUCUAAGUGGUGUAACGGUCUCAUUAACUGCUGAAGUUAUUUAAAAAAAAAAAUGUGACAUGAGUAGUGCAGAAUAAUCUUUCAUUAUUCCUUUAAACAAAAUAGCAGUGAAACAAUUUCAUCUUAAAAUAUGAUUCAUAUUUUAAAAACUUUUGUCCACCAAAUCGAAGUCAUGUGGUGUUACCAACAUGUAGGUAGGUAAAGACCUCUUUAGACCCUCAAAACAAAAAGUUUUCAAAUAAAUAAUUAUUUUGUCAUAUCAUUAAAUAUUAACAAUUUGACAUUUUUAUGAUAAGACAUGACUAGUCAUAUGGUGUAACCCUAAGAAAACUUCUUGAUUUUUUUUUUUGUUUACUGUUUAAUUUGCAUGUACUCUAAUGUAUGGGAAGUUUAAUAUAAGUAAAGUGUUUACAUGCCUUUUACUUGAUGGUUACACCAAAUUACAUUUUUAAAAUCUAUUUAUUUCUUCUUUUUUUUUUGGUAGAAAAUGUUUUGCAUUAUUUUUUUUUUCACAAAGUUGUGAAACCAACAUGGAUCCAAAUGUUAAACAUUUGUACAAACUUGGCACAUGCUUUUUAAACUCUAUUAAAAAUGUAAAUGGUCAUUUACUCACCCUCAUGGUGUGACAAACCCAUGUGACUUUGUUUAUUCUGUGGGGCACAAAAGGCAGAAUGUAUGAAACUGACAGUCUGUUAUUCUGCAUAAAGGCCUGUUCACACCAAACUGACGAUUUUGCGAGACGAACCUUUAACGGAAGUCCUAUUCACACAGAGUCUUGUUAAAGCAUGAAAUUAAAAACUAUUUCACUCCUGUACAGUAGGUGGCAAAGUUUUCUUUUCUACAAACAUUUACACCAGUCUCCUCCCUACAUCUUCAGUUUAAGAGAUUAAUAUACUGAACGCUGUUUAAGCAUUUAUUUACCCAAUUCGGCAUAACUGAUUCAUUACGUUCUUUCCAUGGUGUUGAUGCAUUUUGAGGAGUGUGUAAUCUGUAUUUUUUAAGCGAGUGAGAUGAGAAAAGAUAAUUGUUGCAUGAUAUGUAUUUAAUAGUAUCUUCCAAACAGCCCAACUUCUCUUAUUUUAAUGCCUGGAUAAUAUAACACAAGGCACAGGGAUAUAAAUACACGUGGAAUAAUGUACAUUGAGAAUAACAGUAUUGGAUAAAAUAUGGUGCAUUUAUUAAAAAUAAUAUAAAAAUACUGGCUCACUGACUUUUCUUUAUUUAAAUUAUUGCAAUAAUUUGUUAUAUUAUCCUUGCAAUAAAAUAGCAGUGUGGCUCUGCGAUUUGUUUGUCUAAAACAUUGCAUGUGACAGAUCUUUUUAUGGGAUUUUACUACGAGCUUGGUGCAAAUGAAUUGCUGAAACUCGCUGCUUGUUUUAAUUCCAUGAGAAUAUAUCGAACACAGUGAUGUACAUAUUAAAUAAUGCGCAUUAAGACAAAACACCAUAAGCAGACUUUCAAAAACAGACUAGAUUUAUGUUUGCAUUACCAAGGGUUCAUGAACUGCAACUUUUUAUUUUUAAGUAUAUAAUUUUCUGGUGUGUUUCUGCUGGUGUUUGCUAGUUGAUUAGCGCCACCAACACACUGGAUUGAGCAGCUGUAGUGACUGACAAAAAUCUCAUUGGUCCAUCAGUUUUCAAUGCAAUCCGAUAAAACACAAUCAGAUCACUCUACGUAAAAAAAAAUGUGGAUUGUCAGAGGACGAUUUGUCGGACUCAUUAUGAAUAGCAGCAUCGGAAUCCACUGUUACGUACAAAAGCUCGUUCGAAACUAACAUUCGUACCAAAAAUAAACAGGUUUGGUGUGAAUAGGCCUUAACAUCUUUCGAGUUCCAUAGAAUGCAUACUGACAGAAUUACAAAAUUUUGGGUGAACUAUCCUUUUAUUUGGUGUUUAUGUUCUGUGUAUAAAACCCUGGUAUAUUUAAAAUAUAUAUAUUUUAAUAGGGAAUUGUUUUAAUUGCUUUUCCGUCCAUCACUUAAGAUAGUAAAGCAGAUGGUGUUAAUUUCCAAUAUGUAGCCACUCUGUCUGCCACUAAGUAUUACCCUUGGAUACCAUCAUUUAGGAGGUUACAUUUGUGUAGUCUUCCAAUUGUUCUCAUGUAUUUGUACUAGAAUGUGAUUCUUGUGUCACUGAAGAUUUCCAUUUAGAGAAUGUGCUUUGGGUAGUGCUGCGUUUAGCUGCUUAAAUAUUUAAGUACUGUAUUACUUCAGUAAAGCCUGGACUCACUGUAUCAGGCAGACGGAGGACUCUGAUGCUAUACAAGCUAAUUGCAAGGCAACAUUAUUUGUAUGCAUGUAUAUAAAAAAGUCUUAAGAUUUUCCACCUUUUGCCGCAUUAACCUUGUAGAAACGAAUCUAGCAAAUUUGUGAGUAGAAGUGUUUGUGUCAGCCCACAUUGUGCCUCUGAAUGCUAACUUGCGUUUGGAUUGGUUGUCACUUUUUAUGCAUGUUUUGGCAUUGGUUCUGACUUGGUGUUGACUAAAGGAUAGGGUAUAUUUAGUUUGAGCAUGGCCUAGUGCUCACCCUUCAAAGUAUACUCUUUUGACCGCAAACUCACAUAGAUGUGUUCGACGCAAAUGUACUAUGUCUACUUUGUGAUACUCUUUCAGCACAAUCAGUAUCAGGCACACUGUGCUUGUGUAUACAAAUUGUACAAAUGUGCCUGGAAUUGUUCCUGGCAGGCAGCAGAGGCCCUAACCCUGCCCCCAUCCCUAAUCCUAACCAUAGACCCUGUAAGGCUGAGUAGCCUUCCAGGAACAACUCUGAGCACCUUUCUCCCAUUGCUGAGACGUUUAUGCACACAGAAAUCUGAAAGUAUACUCUGGCCUUAAGGCACUCUUGAAUAUUUCCUUGUAGAUAUCGUGUUUUUACACAGAUUCUAGAAACUCUCCCUGUCCUCCAUUGAUUGCUCAAACAGUUUGUCCCGCCCUAAACGUUUUACAUUUUUGCCUCAGAGCCACAUGUUACAUUUUUAGGUGAAGUGAACUUACAAAUAAAUUACAUGUAGUUGGCUCUGAAUGUUAGGUUGGGAUACAAGAAUAUAUUUUACCAAAAUUCCACACAACAGCUUUAUAUGCUUUUUGUCGGAAAUACUGUGAAAAGGUAAUCUAGAAAAGGGGACAAUCCACCCUUCAGAUUAUCUCCAUGUUAAAGUUCAACUGUAAAACUGAAAAUAACUAAAGACAGAGUGAGAAAUGGAUAAGCAACUGUUAAGAGGAAAGAAUACUGAUGGAUAAGGUUUUGGAUUUUAUAUAUAAUUGAAAAUGUAUUUUAAUUGAUUGUUUAAAAUAUUUCCAUGAAUACACUUUUGUUGAACAAGCCGAUAAACGCAGACCCGCCUACACAACACAUGAACAUGCACGCAGCUAUUAGACAUUACUAGUGCAUGACUAGUAAAUAAGUCCGGUGCCUACAAUAGUUUUUGUUUGUUUUUUAUUCUAAUCAUUUGCAGUUUUUUUCUGUUAAUCAUUUUUUCUUCAUAGUGCUUUUGUUAGUGAAAUUUUGUUAAUUUUGUCUUUUUUUGCUAUAUAUGUGAAAUUUAUGGAUGUGUACAGAUGCAAAUCAAAAUGAUAAAAUGUGAUCUAUUAACAACUUUUUUGGGAGUUUAAAAUGUUUAUGCAGUGUGUAACAUUUUUACAACUGCAAAU